AUGCCUUACAACAUAGCUAUGAUCUCUGACUUCUUCUACCCACAACCAGGUGGCGUGGAAAGUCACAUCUACCAUGUUUCCAGUAAACUCAUCGAUCGUGGUCACAAGGUCAUCAUAAUAACGCACGCGUACCACAACCCCACAAGAACUGGGAUACGAUAUCUUACAAAUCGGCUCAAGGUCUACCACCUACCACAUUGGGUUGUCUACCGAUCGACUACGUUCCCGACUGUCUUCUCCUCCUUCCCGCACUUACGGCAGAUUUUUAUCCGGGAACAGAUUCAGAUCGUCCACGGUCAUGCCUCGCUGAGCAAUUUGUGUCACGAAGGACUCCUUCACGCAAGGACCAUGGGUCUGCACACGGUCUUCACAGACCACAGUCUAUUCGGCUUCAGUGAUGCAGCCAGCAUACUGGCUAACAAACUGUUGAAGUUCAGCUUGAGUGACGUUGGCCAUGUCAUAUGCGUCAGUCAUACUUGUAAAGAGAACACCACUCUUCGAGCUUCUCUGAACCCGCUGGCUGUAUCCGUCAUACCCAACGCAGUAGUGCCCAGUAACUUCCGACCACUCCAGUCGCACGAAGCUCAGGGCUUUCUGCAAAGUGACAAAGGGGCGCUCCUGCCUCCUCCACCGGACCCGAGCAAACCAGUGGGACCCGGCGAUCCAAUCACGAUUAUCGUCAUCUCACGUCUCUUCUACAACAAAGGUACAGAUCUUCUAAUAUCUGCAUUACCAUUGCUGCUGCGACGACACGAGAACUUGCGAUUCAUCAUUGCAGGCUCUGGGCCGAAAGCUAUCGAUCUAGAGCAGACGCUGGAUUCUUUGCCUCAGCAGCUGGUAUAUACCCCAUCUGGUCAAAGUCGCGUCAAACUCUUGGGUAGUAUCCGACAUGAGGAAGUCCGAGAUGUGAUGAUUCGUGGCCAUCUACUCCUCUCCACAUCUCUGACGGAAGCAUUCGGCACUGUCCUGGUCGAAGCCGCGUCUUGCGGCCUCAUGGUUGUUGCGACACGAGUGGGCGGAGUGCCAGAGGUCUUGCCAAGCAACAUGACAGUUUUUGUGCUCCCAGAGGUCGAAGACGUCGUCCGAGGCGUUACUGAAGCCGUUGGACUGCUCACUUCUCGGACAGUGCGCCGCGACAAAUUUCACGACCUGGUCAAGAACAUGUACUCUUGGUCCGACAUUGCACGACGAACAGAGCGUGUAUACGACUUGAUUACCGGACACCCGCCCGCAACUGACAAUCAAGGCUUCUAUGAUGGAGAUUGGAACAACUAUGGACCACCUUCGCAGGGCAGCAACGCUCUCAUGGAUCGGCUGAAAAGAUAUUAUGGCUGUGGAGUGUGGGCUGGCAAGCUGUUUGUCAUUGUGGUGGUGAUCGACUACCUCAUCUACUGUCUCUUGGAGAUCGUGUAUCCCAGAGACGGGAUCGAUAUAUGCAAGGCGUGGCCCGCGAUACCGUCAACAUUCGAGGAAGAAGGUCUUGUUAAUGGCGAGGUCGAGCGUUUUGGAACUAUCGGUCAAGGAAGAAGGAUAAGGAGAGAGCCGGACUUUGCUGUGCAUGACUGA